AUGUUUCCCAAAUCUAUUGUGAGUGUGGAUGUUAAACUGGUAGAAGUGAAUCAUGAUAUUAAACAGGAUGAGGUGGGUGAUGAUGUUAAAUCGGAUAAAGCGAAUGAUGAUGUUAAAUCGGGUGUUCGAUUGGUUGUUGUUGAGAUAGAUAAAGUGUUUAUUGUCCGUGAAUAUAUGCUACAAUGGGUUUGUAGGGAGGCCAGAAAAUUGGGGUUUGGUGUUGUAAUAGGAAGGUUCAACAAUGAUUCAGAUAGAAGACAAGCAUUUGUAACAAUGAUAUGCGAAAGAAGUGGCAUGUACCAUCCAAGAAUUAGGAAGUUGAAACAAGAUGAUACUGGAUUGAGGAAAUAUGAGUGUCCGUCUAAAUUGCGCAGAUAUCAUAUGGCGGAUGAGAUAUGGAAAUUUAAUAUAAUUUUUUGUAUACAUAAUCAUGCCUUGACAGACAAUCUAGCUGGUUAUCCUAUUGUAUGUCGCCUUGCUCUGGAGGAGAGGGAACUUGUUUCGGACAUGACAUUAAACAAAGUGGCUCCGAAAAACAUACUUGUAUCUUUGAAACAGAGAAGACCUCUAAAUAUUUCAAAUAUCAAAAAAAUAUACAACGUGCGUGAUCGAGACAGCAAGGCAGUAAGAGGACCAAGAUCUAAGAUGCAAUAUUUGUUAAAGCUUUUGGAGAAUGAUAACUAUGUAUUUAGGUACAGGGACAAUGUUACAUGGGCUUUGAAAAUCUGGAAAACUGUGUUGAAGGACCAACAAAACAUGCCACAAAUCAUAAUCACCGAUCACGACACCGCACUGAUGAAUUCGGUGGAAAUUAUGUUUCAUACGUCGUCUGCAUUACUUUGUAAGUAUCACAUAACCAAAAAUGUGAGAAUUCGAGUAAAACCCGCGGUUAAAGAGAAGAUUGUUUGUGCAUGGACCGAUCAGGUUCGACACUUUGGUAAUACAACAACUAACAGAGUUGAAUCUACACAUGCUAGACUGAAGAACUCAUAUGGAAACAGUAAAGGUCCGGGUCCGUUUGAAAAAUGGAUGUGCUUCCCAGAAAUGGGAUACCUUAUAGAAAAUGCUUAUGAUAGGGUUUAUUUGAAAUUGGGAUGUCAUAUACCAAAGACAUCACUGGAGUGGACGGCACAUUUCACCCAAGAUGUCGAAACUUGGCUGUAUCACUUUUUAGAAAGGAUGGAAGAGUUUGCCAAGUAG